UUUUUUUUUUCAAAAUUUAAAAGAACAAUUUUGUUUGUAUUAUAUUAUAGCAAAAGCUAUAAAAUGACAAAAUUAUCAAAAAGAUGGUGCCAUUAAUAUUAAUCUAUUUAUUUACUAUUGUAAAAGCACAAUCGCCAAUUACUUUUACUGACAGCAGCAACACUACUAGUACUACUACUACUACUAUACCAACAACAAAUACAACUAUUACUACUACUACCUCUUUACCUAUUACCACCACCAUCACCACCACCACUACUACUGCUGCUGCUGCUUCUGCUACUAUUACUACUACACCUCCUAUUAUUACCACUAAUGUUACCGCUAUUACUAUAUUACCUAUUGAUACUACUACUACACCAUCUAUCACUACCACUAUACCUACUACAAUUAUAACUCGUCCAAUUGCAUUACCAACAGUGCAGAGCACAGAUUGGGAUUCUAGCGGAAAUCAACAAAGCAAAAACCAGCAGAGCUGGCUUAAAGAACACAAUAGAUUUAUCUUUAUUAUUAUUAUCGGCCUUGCAAUCUUAGCAUUAUUAAUCUGGUAUAUUAUUCGAAGUAUAAAAGGAAUGCGUAAAAGACUUGAAGAAGAAAAUCAGGCACAAUUAUAUAUGAUACAACAAGUCUCAUCAUCACCACAACCAGCAACAAUGUCACCUUAUCCGAAUUUUGUUUCUGGAUUUACACCACAAUCUCCUCCACCUGCUUACAAAACACAAGAAAAUACUCCAGUUAUCAUCCCUUCAACAGCAACUGAACAUCGUAAUUAAUGAUCCCUCCUUUUUUUUUUGGUCUUGGUUUCUCCUUCAUUCUUUGAUGUAAUAUAUAAUUUGUGUAAAGUUUAAAGUUGAUCAUGAAUAAAGUACUAUGUGAAACAACAAUAGCGGACCGAUAAAUUUUUUUUUCUUUGUCUAACAAACUAUUCAACUACUAACUCCCAGAUCAAUAGAAAGGCCCCCCAUUCAGGUUACAGUAUUUUUUUUUUUUAAAACUACGAUACAUAUUAUAAUGGGCUGGCAUCUUUUAUUUUUGCUACAUAUUAUAUCAAUUUUAGAGAUAAAUAUUAUUGAAAACAAAAAAAAAGGGAAGCUAAUAAGAACUUUGAGAUUUUUUUUUUAUUUUUUUUAUUUUUUUUGCUUAUUAACCAAAUU